CAACGCCGAUCAUCACACCCCGCCUCGGAUAUUAUUUCAUUAUCCAGUGUGCGCCGUUCGUUUCGCCAGGAAUGACUCUCCAUUUGCUUGCGGUGGCCUCUCUAUAGCCCGUGUGGUCGUUGCAUCCCCGCUUUGCCUGCCUGCCGCAAAAUACCUUGUCUUCUCCUCCGGACUCAUUUCUACCUCCCCUCUUUGAUACUCUAACUCAGCUUCAAUAUGAUAACCACUACAUCCUUCUUGGACCACUCCAACAGUCGGCCGCCACGCUACCGCACUCCUUCGCCCCCGCGACGCGCCGUUGAGCCAAUCUCUCCCUGCACAACCGGGGAUGCCCGGGCCUCGUGGGUCGACCGCAGCACACCAAGAGUUGCGAAUUUCGAUCGCGACCAGUUCGCACAAAAUCACGGUCAAUAUUCUGCUGCGGAUAGUUUGUCUCAUCAGAGAUCCGGCCAUGGUAGAUCAAGUUCGACCAUUGACACCCUUGCAACUAUUGCCCUCGCGACGAGUCCUACUUUUGCACCUCCAUCUUACCGGCCCCCCUCUCAGAAUUCCACGCCGGCCAUGUCACUUUUUCCAUCAGAGCCCACAGACUUCACAGAGCGUCCCGCUAAGCGCCCGCGGUCGGAAAAAGAUCCUUCUCCACUUUAUCAGCAUCGAAUGGGCGCAGCUUCAGAUUCAAACCCUCCUUCGGCUUUUGACAGCAUGAAAACCGAUGCUGAGCUUUUGUUGAACUUUGCGAGACCCUCCAAUUUCCACCAUACCGCGCCCCCUUCGAAACGAGUUAGCAUCGACGAGUCAUAUCAUCAGUACGUCAAUGAAGCGAAACGUCAUAUCAAAGACGGGUUCGGAGCUUCAUACGGGGGCAUAGGCGAAGAAAAAUAUGUUUUGCACGCUUCAGGACACGGUAGCUUUCCAUCGUCUAGAAUGAGGUCUCAAUCGGACGGCUCGGCUGUUAUUUUUCGGCCCGUCAUACAUGGUACACGACCGUACACAAGCUCCUCUAACCUUCAGCCGAUUCUUUGGCAGGAGGAAGCAGAUGGUGGAGAGAACAAUUGGCCCUCUUCUACAAACCCAAUGGGUAAAAAUGGUCGAUAUGAUGCAGAAGUUUCUGGCGCUUGUGUCACUCGAAUGUCGCUAAGCCAUUCUUCCAAGGUGGAGGACGAUACGGAAUCCGAAGAGUCCGGCCAGGCAAGUUGUGCUGCUUGUAACCUCGUCCGAAUACCGACGGAUACUAGCGAUCAAGGUGAUGUUACAUGGAUCAGUUGUGAUGGCUGCAAGCGCUGGUUCCAUAUUGUCUGUGCGGGGUUUAAAAACGACCGCGAAAUUCGGACUGUUGACAAAUUUAUCUGUCGUGGGUGCCGGUCAGUUCACGGACAGACUACCUUUGUUCGCAAAUCAUCACGUGCACGUACUGCUAUCGAUUAUGCUGGUCUUAAUCAGGGACUUGUCAAGACCGCUACGGACUCGAUGGAGCACCACUAUAUAGAGCCUAUCCGACAAGGCAAAAUUCGCUUUUUACCAGAGACCUUCCCUCGCAUGCGCCCCGAACUUGUCACUGCUGAAUACUUCGAGCGUGGGAACGGCAUGACAGAGCCAAUUGUAAUCCCAGCCUACCUAAACACGCGAGAUCCGGUCCUGACUAAUAGCUCCGACUAUGAUGCUCUCGUACAAGAAGCAUCCACUCAGGAUAUGUUCGAUGAACUGUUGGAAAAUGUAUCUCAAGAUUGUCAGGAUUUCGAGACAGUGAUUGACUGUGGCCAAGAUAAAUUAGACAUGGUCAUCCCCCAGGGCCUCACAGUCAGAGCUGUUGCAGAACUAUACGGGCCUGAAGAAAGGGUAGAGGUGAUAGACGUCAAAUCGCAACAGGGUGAAGACAAAAGAUGGACGAUGCAGAAAUGGGCCGAUUACUACGAGAGCACAGGGUCCAAAGUCGUUCGAAAUGUCAUCAGCCUGGAGGUAUCGCAGAGUAAAUUAGGCAAAUUGAUCCGCCGACCGAAGAUUGUGCGUGAUCUUGAUUUACAAGAUUCAGUUUGGCCGGAAGAGCUCAAGGCAGUUGGGGAUUAUCCUAAGGUCCAAUUCUACUGUCUGAUGUCUGUUGCCGAUUGCUAUACUGAUUUCCACAUCGAUUUCGGCGGCUCAUCAGUAUACUAUCACAUCCUGAAGGGCGAGAAAACGUUCUUCUUCAUACCACCUAAGGAUAAGCACCUGAAAAAAUAUGAAGAAUGGUGCAACUCUCCUGCCCAAGACUCUACCUUCCUUGGGGAUCAAACCAAAGAAUGUUACCGUGUUGAUCUUUUUGAAGGCGAUACAAUGUUGAUUCCCUCGGGCUGGAUUCAUGCUGUAUGGACUCCUAAGGACAGCUUAGUUAUCGGAGGUAAUUUCUUGACAAGAUUAAACUAUGGGAUGCAGAUCAAGAUUGCCAAGAUUGAAAAGGAUACCAAGGUCCCGAGGAAAUUCAGGUAUCCUUUCUUUCAGAAAAUCCAAUGGUAUGCAGCUUUGAAGUAUCUUGAAGAUGAUCCCAUACCUCAAAGCGUACUGGAUGCCUUUGCGCAGGAUGAGAACUACCGCUUCCAUAGAGAUCACCCUAUCUACUACGAGUUUGGCGAACGGACCAAUACAACGCCUCUCGGGUCUCCCUAUCACAAUUCACGCUUCUAUUCGCAGGCCGAGUUGGAGGGCCUACCGGACCUUGCGAAGUAUCUUCUUCGGACCGCUUUAAUCGCCGGUUCUUACAUCGUUGAAGGAGUGACGACGGACAGUAGAAACGCAAUCAAGCGAUCAAUCCCGAAGGGCGUCGGAGACCCGAUUGAUACUGUUAGAAGGUUCGGAAUCUGGGUGGCUUGGAAGCGUGGUAAUGAAAAGGCUGCCCAGUGGACACGCCCUGGUGUUGUCGAAAGCAAUGCCAAGUUCAGUCUCUCAGAGAAAAAACCAGCUGGGCGACCCAGUCGCCGUUCUGAGCGCAAUAUGGAAAGUCAACGCAUGUACGCAGAGAGACAGGCUGUGCAGAGACCCCUAGGACAAUCUCGUGAAGCCUUCAAUAGUGUUUCCGGUGGCAGUACCUCGUUGCCACCAAGCACCGCUAUCCCUAUGCCAGCCAUCACUUCGGGUAGCGGAGUGAAAGAAGAGAAUACUCCUAAGCCUCGGAACAUUCCUCGGGGUUCUGGACUAGGUCCCAAGCGAGUUGCCUGUGAUGCUUGUCGCAAACGAAGGAUCCGAUGCCACCAUAAGGAUGAACAAAGUGACCUAACGCCAACGAAGCAGCUGGCCGUUGGUGCUUUCACCGGGAGCCAAUCAUCCCUGGCACACGAUGCUGCAUCUGCGUUGAGCUCUUUAGCAGCAAUUGCAUCUGAAGCAGGUCUUCAGGAUGGUCAUUGCCAAGGGUUGGACCGAUUUGAAACAGUUGGCAAGCACGGGUCAACCGUCAUGAGUACACCGUAUACAGUGACCAAUAAGCUCAAUGACAUUAGUCCUGAUGGAAUCAAUGCAGGGAAGAAGGGACGUAGCAAGGCUUGUGAUGAUUGUCGAAAGAGCAAGCGCCGGUGUAUCCACGAUGAAUAUGGACGAGUUGACCCGGUCAAAGCCCAAGAACGAUCAAAACCUCGGGCUACAACCUCUGCUAAGAGGCCCCGGGUCAACGAGGAAGGCUCUACUCCAACAAGCAAGAGACCGAAGCAAGAAAGCACCUCUCCUCUGGCAAGGCCAGCAUACCUCAGCCGAGAGGUUGACAUACUGGAUGCGCAAGGAGCUCUGUCACCCGCCAAGUUUCACAAGAUAGGUGACUUUGAUACUAUCCCACCGCCCAAUAGUCCUCAUGCGGUCCAAGACCUUUCGCAGCAGUCAGGUUUGGUGGUUGCAGAAAAGGAAGCUCCUGUGGAGCAAACCUCGUAUGCAUCACCGCCUACAUUCCAGACAGACGACGUCGUUGCUAAAGAGGUCAACUCAGCGUCUGUGCCUAAGCCAGCCAUUUCGCUUGUAUCGCCACCAACUUCGCUGGUGGACGAGACAGAUGUCCCUCAGGACCAUGCUGAUGCUGAAGGAGAGCAUUCCGCAAUCCUUGAAACGCCAACGUCGAAUGCUCGUCAUUCCUCUCGUCAACCACGCCAUGUAGACCGAUAUAUGCCGGAGGUUCAUGUUAUCAAGCCGACCAAACCGUCCACGCACACUCCAACUGCACGUCGCUCGUCUUUCGGUGCGCCGAGCACUGGCACGCGUAGGAUCACACCAGGUCCAUCGUCGGAGUCAAAGAAGCCGUCGUCACGUCCAUCGUCAUCACAUGCGAAGACGCCAACGGCCGAUAGGAAAGCUGAUCGUCACGCUACUUCGACGUCUCCUGGCCAGUUAGGCAAGCAUGCGAGGCGUGAUCGAGUGACUGGCAUAGACGGGGAGCCAGAUGCUGAGAGCAUGCGCUUAAUCCGUGAGCUCCAAGAACAGGAAUUCGGGCUACGAAAACGAGCCACGAGAGCGUAAAGCAGGUGAGGUGGCCUACAGUUGGUUUGGUCUGCGUCGAUUGCUCUCAUUAUGAUGGGUUAUGAAAAUAUUUUCUUUCCUUUUUCCUCUUUGUUCCUUUUCUUUUCUUUUUUUUACUCCUAUCUAGACUACCUCGAUUGGGCAACCACUGAACUUGAUAUGAACUUGAAAGAACUACACUCGAGUGAUUUAAUCACCUACUGUCGGGGACUUUGGGGAGUUUGAAAGGGUAUGAGUGUGGGACCUCGUUGGGGCUUUGUUAUUUGUGUUAUUUGAUUUGGCGUUUCAUCGUCCCCAGGCUGUGAUGUUCGUUUGGGGGUUAUUUUAUUGCAUUGGACUUCGCCCUUUCAGCAUGCUUUCUUCUUUAUUUCUCCAUGUUUAUUUAAUUUGGCGUUCUAAGUGGGUACGUUGAUUCCUGAUCGGUCUGUUGAUCGUUGCUGUUCCCUCCACCCCCCUGUUUCAUUUGAAUUCUUGCUAGUUCCUUGGUGUCCUGCUCAUUGUUUCAAUGGAGUCUUGCUAGCGUCGUCGUUUGCCAUUUCCAUCUUAUUCCCUUCACCUUCACC